UGCAUCCAUUCUCUCGAGGCUUAGCCCCUUGAUCUCACCAUGUACGGCUGAGUUUCGGCAACACCUCCCAUCCAUAUCCACAGCACCACAAUAUGGGCCGGCUCAGUGCCAACGGGAUCAAGCUGCUAAUAUGGAUGGUGGUAUUCACUGUCCUGAUUACCCUGAUAUUAGGGUUGCGACUCUGGGCUAUCCGAGUCAAGCGGCGCUCAUUCAAAUUGCACGAUUAUUUGAUCCUUCUGGCAUAUAUCAGCACCUGCUGCAUGGCCGGCUUAACCUGGUGGGCCAUUGCCAACGGCCUCGGCGCACAUACCGCCGAUCUGUCUGCGUAUGAACGAGGCGUGCAAUUCCAAUUAAUAGUAGGCAGCAGCGUAACCUGGCUAGUUGGCACAGUUUCCUGCAAACUGUCCAUGAUCUCCCUGUACACGACCCUCUUCCCCUCCCGUCGCUUCACCUACGCCAUCUGGGCCAUGACCAUUCUCGUCCUCGCCUAUUUCAUCGCCUUUAUUUGCCUCUUCCUCACGCAAUGCCAUCCCGUCUCGUAUGGGUGGAAUCCCGUCCCGGGGGGAAGUUGUCGCUCGCUAUUUAUUCAGGAAAUUCUCUCGAUUACCCUCAACAUGGUGAUUGAUACCUUGAUUGCCGUGUUACCGAUCCCCGCGCUGUGGAGGUUGAAAAUGGCCAUUAGAAAUAAAAUCACCAUUAGUGUAAUGUUUGCGAUGGGGUUGAUUGUGGUCGCCGUCAUGGCCUUCCGUCUCGAAAUCACCCUCAACCCCUCCACCAACGCCGACUUCGUCCAAGGCCUCUAUCUCGUCGGACUGGUCAGUUUCCUCGAACUCUGGCUGAGUAUUAUCGUGGUGAGUCUGCCGACCCUGGCCCCGCUGUUUCGGAUGUAUGUCGAGCCAGUGCUCGCAAGGGUGUUGGGGUCGAAAGGGAGUGGCGGGGAGCCGAGACGAUUGCGCGAGGCACAGCAUACCAUUGGGAGUGAUCCGCCGAGUCGGAGGAAAUAUGCCCUGCAGGAGAGUUUUCUAGAAGAGGGAUAUGAGUUUGGGGUGGUGGGGACGGAGACGAAUGUGAAGGGGAGUAGAGGUGCAGAGGGGAAUAGUCAGGAUUCGUUGGCGGAGUUGGUGGGGAAGGAUGGGGGAACUGGAUUGGGGAUGGGGGGGAUUAGUGUGAGGCAUGAGAUUCAGAUCGAGAGGGAGGAGUGAAUGUAUU